GAAGAAAUAAAAACAAGAGUUCAUCACUAAAGAGGUAUGCCGACAGCAUAAAUCUCAUGAUUAGCUAAAAACUGGAAUCAUCUGGAAAAAUAAACAAGACUCAUCAUGUCCUUUUCUGUCCAUAACCAGAAGGGCAGCAAAAGGCCUUUGCCACUGGAGCCUCUUCUUUUGCCCCAAGUUCCACGUAGCAAUUACCUGCACUUUCAAGAGGAGAAACAACGACUACACCUCAAGAAAUUCCUUAUUCAUAGGAUGUUUCUAGUGGCCAAGAUACAAGCAAAUGUAGACAAAAAAGAUAUUGCUGACUACUAUGAGCAAGUGUUUCAGUCAGUUUUGAAAUAUCACCUAGGAGAAGCAGUGACAGGAUUACUGCUCAUAUAUCCUACCUCCAUUCUGCAUAUCCUCGAGUCCUCCAGUGGCACACUCUACCAAAUUCUUUUAGAUUAUAUUGGCCAUGAAAAAGAUGAAACAAAAUUUUUUAUUCAAAAAAUGAAAAUUAUAGUCAUUUCUCAUAACAUCCCAACGAGGCUUUUUAUGCAAUGGCAUGUUUCAGUGAUAAAAGUGCCAGUUAUGUAUCUCGAUGAUGUGACACAGUCACAAACCUUAAAAGAGGUCAUCACAGAUUUUCUCAUACAAACUCAUAAACUGUCAAUUCACCUUUGUAAGACUGUUAAAGUGGGCACUAAAGGACCAGGUGAUAACUUACACCAAACUGCAGCUGACCUACUUCUCCCAGAACAAAUCAUAAAGUACCUAUGCAAAUCCGAAGAAUUCAUGGACCCAGCAACAUUUAUAAACAUGUAUAACAGACCCAUACACAUCACUCUGGAUUCUGAGGUGGUGUGGCCUGCUCCUUCACGUUUCUAGGAUUAAGAGCAAUAAUGUGCUUAUGUCUCUUAAGGAAUUUGUGCUACUUAAAUAGAAAGAAAAUAUUUUUAAAGUUA